GUUCAAAUCCUGGGGUAGCAUCACACAGAGGGCAGCAGCAGGAGGAAGAGGUAGCAGCUCCUGCCCUGGUGAACUAUAAGAAAUGCUCUCCCGAUUAAGAGUAGUUGCCACUCCCUGUGCACUGGCAUGUCGCACCGUGCACACGAAAGAAAAAGGCAAGCCGCUGAUGUUAAACCCAAGAACAAACAAGGGCAUGGCCUUUACAUUACAGGAAAGACAAAUGCUUGGGCUCCAAGGACUUUUACCUCCUAAAAUAGAGACACAAGACAUUCAAGCCUUACGCUUCCAUAAGAAUUUGGCAAAAAUGAGUGACCCCUUGGAAAAGUAUAUCUACAUAAUGGGAAUCCAAGAGAGAAAUGAAAAGUUAUUCUACAGGAUAUUACAAGAUGAUAUCGAGAGAUUAAUGCCAAUAGUAUAUACACCAACAGUAGGUCUAGCCUGUUCCCAAUAUGGACAUAUCUUUAGGAGACCAAAAGGAUUAUUUAUUUCUAUCUCAGACAGAGGUCAUAUUAGGUCAAUUGUGGACAACUGGCCAGAAACUGAUGUUAAGGCUGUUGUAGUAACUGAUGGAGAGAGAAUAUUAGGUCUUGGAGAUCUGGGUGUCUAUGGAAUGGGAAUUCCUGUAGGAAAACUAUGUUUGUAUACAGCAUGUGCUGGAAUACGGCCAGAUAAAUGCCUGCCUGUAUGUAUCGACGUUGGAACUGACAAUCUAACCCUAUUAAAAGAUCCUUUUUACAUGGGCCUGUACCAAAAAAGAGACCGCUCACAGCUUUAUGAUGACCUGAUUGAUGAGUUUAUGGAAGCCAUUACAGACAGGUACGGCCAUAACACACUUAUUCAGUUUGAAGACUUUGGGAAUCAUAACGCUUUCCGUUUUUUGAGGAAAUACAGAGAGAAAUAUUGCACCUUCAAUGAUGACAUUCAGGGGACAGCUGCAGUGGCCUUAGCAGGAAUGCUGGCAGCACAGAAGGUUGUUGGGAAAGCAAUCACAGAGCAUAAAGUUUUGUUUCUUGGAGCAGGAGAGGCUGCUCUUGGAAUUGCAAACCUCAUCGUUAUGGCUAUGAUGGAAAGCGGUAUUUCUGCAGAGGAAGCAUAUAAGAAAAUAUGGAUGUUUGAUAAAUAUGGCCUGUUGGUUGAGGGCCGAGAACAAAAGGUAGACGCCAAUCAAGAACCAUUUACGCACCAACCCCCAGACCAGGUGCCAAAGACAUUUGUAGAUGCGGUGAAUGUACUUCAGCCGUCAGCUAUUAUUGGAGUUGCAGGGGCUGGCCGACUCUUUUCACAUGAUGUGAUCAAAGCCAUGGGUUCCAUCAAUAAAAGACCUAUAAUAUUUGCACUAAGUAACCCUACAAUGAAAGCUGAAUGCACUGCUGAGGAAGCUUAUACAUUAACAGAGGGGCGGUGUUUGUUUGCCAGUGGCAGUCCGUUCGAGCAUGUGGUUUUGAAAGAUGGACGAUCCUUCAAACCAGGCCAGGGAAACAAUGCCUAUAUUUUUCCAGGUGUGGCUCUGGCUGUAAUCCUCAGCGGUGUUCGGCAUAUUAGUGAUAAGGUCUUCCUUGAGGCUGCAAAGACAUUGACAGACCAGUUGACUAAUGAGGAACUUGCCCAAGGAAGGCUUUAUCCACCACUGUCCAACAUCAAAGAAGUUUCUAUUUGCAUUGCUGUUAAAGUUAUGGAAUUUAUGUACGCAAACAACAUGGCUUUCCAUUACCCUGAACCUGCAGACAAGAACCAAUAUAUACAAUCAAAGAUUUGGAGCUACGAAUACGAAUCCUUCAUGCCAGACGUGUAUGACUGGCCUGUGUCUACGGCAAAGCCAGCUGAAAGGCACUGACAUACAAAAGAUCGCACUCCUCGGGUGCUGUCUUCUACUCUGCAGGGAAUCCUUUUCAGACCAAUUUACGAUAAUGACUUUUGCAACUUGUAACUUAUUUUCCCUCAUUUUGUUGUCUUCCCUCCAUCCCCUCAUUUUUCUGCGUGACUGAUUUUUCCCAUAAGAAUCUGAUCAACUAUAUUGGUGAUGGCUCACAUCACAUGAAUGGUAUAGCUGUCCAAAAUUCAUUUAAAUGACAGUAAUGUUGU